CUGAAAAAUAAAACUGAAUUUUUUACAAAUGACCGUAAUAUCCUGUCAAAUGAUAUCCAGUGAUCCUAAUCUGAUCGAGUGAUCGUCGUUUUUCUACGCUCCUGAAUACGCAUCCACUUGAUUUCAAGCGCAAAAGUGCAUGAGAGUGCAGAUAAUAAAAAAGAAAACUAUUUUGGUAGCUACUUCCUCGGAGAGUGGGAUCUUUCAAUAUAUGUUCAUUGACAGACACAUUGACAGCUAACCUCGUCGAAGUUUCUCCUCAUGUAUUAUUAAUUAUCAAUUAGCAAAUACUGCACAUAGGGAUUACGUUCAACGGACGCAAUUAGCAAAGAGAAAUAAUGAGGCUCAAACCGUCAGAAAGAAGUCGUAGAACAUAACCUCUCGCGUACCAAUGACCAUAUGCUCCGUACGUGGCAACAGGAUUACCAAUAAAAUAGAGCAAUAAAUUCAGGACACGCAGCAUGAUUAAGGCGAUCCUGGUUUUUAAUAAUCAUGGGAAACCUCGUCUUUCCAAGUUUUAUCAGUACUUCAACGAAGAUAUGCAGCAGCAGAUAAUAAAAGAGACAUUUCAGCUUGUUUCGAAGAGAGACGAUAACGUGUGUAAUUUCUUGGAAGGUGGUAGCCUGAUCGGCGGAUCCGAUUACAAACUAAUCUAUCGGCACUAUGCGACACUUUACUUUGUAUUUUGUGUCGAUAGCUCAGAAUCAGAGCUUGGAAUCCUAGAUCUGAUACAAGUCUUCGUCGAAACCUUGGACAAAUGUUUUGAGAAUGUAUGCGAACUCGAUCUCAUAUUUCACGUGGAUAAAGUUCAUUAUAUACUCAAUGAGUUGGUGAUGGGUGGUAUGGUUCUUGAGACCAAUAUGACUGAAAUUCUCACAAGGAUCGAAGAUCAGAAUAAGUUAGAAAAGCAAGAGGCGGGAAUCACAGCAGCGCCCGCGCGUGCUGUCUCGGCCGUGAAGAACAUGAAUAUACCGCAACAAAUAAAGGAUAUGAAGCUGCCUGACUUGCCGCAAGCCAUAAAAGACCUCAAAUUCUGACCAGCCGUCACCUCGUUGGCACCCAGCUGACUGGUCUCUUCUGUCAUCCCAAACGUAACCGACACCAUCGUCGCACCGAGGACACUUUUCCCCUCCCUUCAAGCAAGCGAGAAUGCACCAAUGCUGCCUGCUACCUCCGCAUAUAUCCCGUCUCAACGAUAUCAGAGUUAAAAAUCAUGAAUAUGUGAACCACUGUCAUUUUCAUGGUUCUACCGGCAGGAAAAUAUGAACUGCAAGGAAAAGCAGCUUUGAGAAAUUUAUACACGAGAAAAGAAAUUGGACAAGACGAAUGGAUGUUUCUUAGAUUUUUUACAUAUAAUAAGAAGUGUAUUAAAAUGAUAUCAGGUAUAUCAAGUCCACAAAUUCAGCUAAUGGUAUUAGCAAUUUUUAACUGUCCAAUCUAAUAAUGUAGCUCCGCGUUUCGUUAAACGUGAGAAAGACAUAUUCACGGUUACUCACCAGAAAUACAAAGCAUCAAUGUUAUUGUGUAUAAUGAAAAUAUAUUUAAUAAACAAAAUAGCACUAUUG